GUCCAUGUUUCACCGCGGCGCGGACGCGUUUGCCCGUCACCCCGUCACCUCCCCUCCCCGUGUGCUGCGGCGUUUCCGAGCGAUUCACGACUAAUCGACGUCCUUCCAACAGGGCGGGGGACGUGGGGGGCCAGGCAAGAAGAAGAGUCAGCCAAGUGGGAAGCCGCAUGCCAGGGCGGACGGGCGGGCGGGCGUUCUGUUUGUGUGCGAGCGCUGCGCGUGUUGCCUUCGUCGUGGUCCGGGCAGGGUGGUGGAGUCGUGUCCCGGCCUGCGUGGUUCUCACUCAGUCGGCGGCGAUUGGUUCCAAGGCGUUAGGAACGAGCGAGGGGCGAGUUCCUAACGAACCCCACCCCCUCCCCUCCCACCCCCCACCUCCCCACCCACACCCCCCACCACCACCCCCCACGCUUCCGUUCAGAGCGGACCGACAAAAGCACCGCGCGGGUCAUUUUUACAUCCGCAGAAUUCUCGUCGCGUGUGGCACUGCGACAAGGCCGGGCGAAGUGUCGGACUAGAGGAGAGCUUCCGCAGCUCACAGCGGUCCUUGCGCCGAAACGAACUGACUGCACCUACCGCCGCCGGGCAGGAGACCCGUCGGGCAGGAGAUGGCGCUGAACGUGGCUGGCGUGGUGGCCGUCCUCGUCUUCUACAUCAUCAUCCUCGUCACGGGCGUCUGGGCCGCUCGCCGGUCCAGAGCCACCGAGAGGGGCUGCCAGGCCAGGCAGAGCGAGAUGGCCAUGGUGGGAGACCGCAAGAUGAGCGUCGUCGUCGGUGUCUUCACCGCCACCGCGACGUGGGUGGGAGGCUCGUACAUUAACGGCACGGCGGAGGUGGUGUACACGCCGGGACUUGGACUCGCCUGGAGCCAGUUCCCCCUGGGCUGCUCCCUCAGCCUCUUGUUCGGUGCCCUGUUCUUCGCCAAGCCCAUGCGCAUGGGCUGCUACGUCACGAUGCUCGAUCCCUUCCAGAUACGCUACGGCAAGUGGCUGGGGUCGCUCUUCUACAUCCCGACGGCUUUUGGGGACCUCUUCUGGGCCACCGCCGUCCUCACCGCUCUUGGCUCGACCAUCAGCGUCAUACUGGACAUCGACAGGACCAUCGCGGUCAUCGUGUCAGCCUUCAUCACCAUCAUCUACACGCUCCUGGGCGGUCUCUACUCUGUCGCCUACACAGACAUCAUCCAGCUUCUCUUCAUGGUCGUGGGCCUGGUGGUGUGCGUGCCCUUUGCCAUGAUGAACCCGGCGGUGAAGAACAUUGGCACCACGCUGACUGAAACCGUCUACCAGGAGCCCUGGCGGGGCCGCCUGGAGACCGGCGACAUCACGCGCUGGAUCGACAACAUGCUCUACAUGACGCUGGGCAACAUCCCGUGGCAGGGCUACUUCCAGAGGGUGCUCGCCGCAGAGUCGGGCACGCACGCCCAGGUCAUCUCCUUCUUGUCGGCGCUCAACACCCUCUUGCUCGCCAUCCCCUCCGUCCUCAUCGGCGCCGUGGCAGUGAGCACCGACUGGAACAUGACGACCUACGGCCUCCCCUCGCCGCACGAGAGGGGCGAGGACGGCAUGAUCUUGCCCAUCGUGCUGCAGCACAUUUGCCCAAACUACAUCGCCAUCAUGGGCAUCGGGGUGCUGGCCGCCGCGGUGAUGUCGUCCGCGGACUCGGCGCUCCUGUCGGCUGGCUCGCUGUUCACGCGCAACGUCUACACGCAGAUCAUCCGCCCCCAGGCUUCGGACCAGGAGUCCAUGUGGGUGCUGAGAUCAACGGUGCUCAUCACCGGAUCCGUGGCCACGGUCCUGGCCCUGCAGACGCAGUCGACCUACAGCCUCUGGCUGUGGUGCGGAGAGCUCACCUACAUCGUCCUCUUCCCGCAGCUGUGCUGCGUGCUCUUCCUCAGCGCGUCCAACGGCUACGGGCUCAUCGUCGCGUUCUUCUCGGGCCUCCUCUUCAGGCUGACCGGCGGCGAGCCGCUGCUCAGCUUGCCGGCGCUCGUCCGCUACCCCGGCUACCACGAGGUGGACGGCCUGGUCCACCAGGCCCUUCCCAUGAAGACCAUUGCCAUGCUGAUCUCGCUGACGGUGAACAUCGCCGCGUCCUUCUUGACGAGGCACCUGUUCGUGUCCGGGACGCUGCCCGGGCGUUGGGAUUUUUUGAAAGAGUUCACCGGCCCCCCGGCGCAGCCGCGGCCCACCGAGGUUCUCGUGUCCGGCGAUGACAAAGAGCAGUUGGAAAUGACGCUGGUGGCCGAUGAGAAAGUGCAGCUCGGCGGUGAAGCGGAUAUCAGGCAGACGUGCGCGGGAUGACGGUGCUUGGGAAAGCGGCAAGGAAUUCUGUAAAUAAUGUGACGUGCACAAUGACCAAAUUUUUACACGUAUUUAUACUGAUCUUUCCUGGGCACCUUACUUUGCGUGGUGUCUGUGUGCUGGUGAGACGUGGUGCCACGCUGGGGCGCAGUGAAUUUUACCCAGUAGCAAUAAUUCACAUUUCAAGAUUCUACAUUUCUCUCUCUCGUGACAAGGGCUGCACUCUAUUCAAGUAAUCAUUUGAGCAAAACUGGGGCACCCCACACUCAGACGUAGCCGAUCAGAAUAACUCUGUGCCAUAACCGUUGGGCCAAGAGCCAAUGGGCAGACAUCCCAAAUGACCGUGCUCGGCAUGGAUGGGGCGAGACGUGUUGAAGUAGUUCGUUUUCCACGGGUGAUUAAAGUGGUAUGGUUAUUGUCUUCA